GCUGAUCGAGAUACGCUCUGGGAAAGUGUCAAGGAGGACAGCCAUAGGACGACUUUAGUAUUGGAUUAGUACUCAACCUAUUCCAUCUAAUCAUGGCUCGCGGCCGGAGCUCGAGUAACUUGGGCGCGGAUAUCCCGGGUGACACCAGCGCACCAGCAAUGUCGACCAUGAAUGAGGUCAGUCCGAUUGAAACGGAUGCUCCAAAAUGGCAUAAGUCUUCCGAGAAGUCGCUCAAGUCGCAAUCGAAGCGUCGCAAAAGCAGAUCCUUACUCCGCCGCUUUAAAGACAAAUGCCUGAAACAUACAUGGCUACUGCCUCUCGUCAUGUUGAUUGUUCUGCUCGCCCUGUAUGCAGUCAACCCCAACCCGUCCAAUCCGCUACAUAGCGCAAUCUUUCUGUCCUACCCGCAAGGGCCGAAAACCCCUGGUGGCCCGGUCAUGUACGGAAAAGGUCCUAAGGACAUUGCCUUUGUCUCGUUCUACACCAUUGUCUUAUCCUUCACUCGGGAAUUCAUCAUGCAGCGCAUCAUCCGGCCGUGGGCGGUAUACUGCGGAAUCCGCGGCAAAGGCAAGACUGCACGCUUCAUGGAGCAGGUGUACACAGCGAUCUACUUCGGGAUUUUUGGCCCAUUUGGUUUGUACGUGAUGUACAGGUCUGAUAUUUGGUACUUCAACACAACGGCGAUGUAUGAGGGUUUCCCGCACCGGGAGCAUGAGGCGCUGUUUAAGGCCUAUUAUCUGUUGCAGGCGAGCUACUGGGCUCAACAAGCCAUUGUGCUCUUACUCCAGCUGGAGAAGCCCCGAAAGGACUUCAAAGAACUUGUCGGACAUCACAUCAUCACCUUGGCUCUCAUCGCUCUGAGCUAUCGGUUCCACUUCACCUACAUGGGCAUUGCGGUCUACAUCACGCACGAUGUCUCUGACUUCUUCCUCGCGACUUCGAAAACACUCAACUACCUUGAUUCGUUCAUUACUCCGCCAUACUUCGGUAUGUUUGUUGGAAUGUGGAUCUACCUUCGCCACUACCUGAACUUGAAGAUUCUCUGGGCGGUUCUCACCGAAUUCCGAACCGUUGGUCCUUUCGAGUUAAACUGGGAGACCCAGCAAUACAAGUGCUGGAUCAGUCAAUAUAUCACCUUUGCCUUGCUGGCGAGCUUGCAGGCCGUCAACCUUUUCUGGCUCUUCUUGAUCCUUCGCAUCCUAAAGAACUACGUCUUCAACAGUAUCAGGAAGGAUGAGCGCAGUGAUGACGAGGAUACGGAGGAAGAAGAAGAAGAAGAAGCGGAACAGGAGCAAAACGGCCGUGCUACUCUGGCGACUGGAGCUGAAGUGCCCACCGUUACUGCCCGAAAUGUCGGUAAGGAGAACCAAGCUCCGCAAGUUCUGGUAAACGGGGAGCCCCUCAACGAGAAGUUAUCUAGCCGCCGGUAGAAGUUGCGCUCUAGCACUUCUAUACGCUCAAAAUGCAGGGCUUGUCUCAUGCGGUGUUGCCGGAGUUUGCACUGCUUUCUCUCUUUAUCUGCUCUUGGGCGAAUUGAGUCAACAACUCAUACUUCGCCGUUUUCAUGUGGCGGUUUACUUUGGUCUGCUUCUAAAUGAAGCAUUUUGCAUGGUUGUCGCAUCGGUAUUCAUGGUCUACGAGAUUUGCUUCGCUGCACACAUUUUU